GUGGGCACUUUGGUUUCAAGUGAAUCGAUUGAUGCCUUACGUCAAGUUGCCCCGAACGGUCCACCGCAACGAAUAUUGCACAAAAUGCAGAUGGACACCCCAAUCCAACCUCAGGGAAACACGUUACAAGCUCAACACGAAGAACUAGUAGAAAAGUUGAAUCUUCUGAAUGUAAGUCACUACAUCACAAUUGGAUGCAUGUGCCAUUAUUAUACCUCUCGUCUACGGCGCUUUUACUUUUUGUAUUUAGUGUUUUUUGGUUCCCAUUUACUGAACGGAACACUGUGCGUUGAAAAUUAUUUAUGCAUUUAUAUGGCAGUUAUUUCAUUCACCAACAUUCCCACGGAGAAACACUUUUUGUGCCAAUAUAAAAAAUCAAGGAUGUGA